AUAAACAACGUCGAGUGGACCGCUGCCGUGGUAAUCGGCAGGUGCCCACACUUAGCCGCAGUCGUCACUCGUCGCCGGUCCGUCCACUAGCACACAAUACACUUUGUCCUAAUAUCAUAAUAUUUUUAGAGGUACAAGACUAUCACGCAAUGAAGUACCUGAAAUUGAGUUCCGGUGGCAACAUGCCGAUGGUCGGCUACGGUACAUGGCAGGCCGUGGACAAUGUUUUGGAAUCAGCCUUGAAUGAAGCCCUAACGUGUGGAUACAGACACAUCGACACGGCUACGGCUUACGAGAACGAACACGUCAUAGGAAAAGUUUUGAACGAAUGGAUCACAUCUGGUAAAGUGACUAGAGAAGAGUUGUUUAUCGUCACCAAGCUCCCCCCUUUCAAAAAUCGGCCUGAGGACCUGGAGGAGUGCUUAAAAAAAUCGCUCAGCGACUUGCAGCUGGACUAUAUUGACAUGUACUUGGUGCAUACUCCGUUCAGCGUGAUCGCGGGAGAAACACCCGCCUAUAGCGACAUGAAAAUUGAUACCAGUACUGAUCACUUGGCGAUUUGGGAGAUGAUGGAAAAACAGGUUACUGACGGCCGAGCUAAGGCGAUCGGCUUGUCGAACUUCAACAUUCAACAGAUACAGAGGGUGCUGGACAACUGUAAAAUCAAGCCCGACAACUUGCAAAUAGAAAAUCACCUAUACCUUCAACAACCUGAACUCGUAGAAUAUUGCAAAAGCAACGAUAUUGUUGUGACCGCGUAUUCGUGUUUGGGUGCGAAAGGCGGCCGAGAAGCCAUGGGGUUGAAUUGGACCAAGGAUUUACCGGAAAUGAUGGAAAAUGACGUGGUAUUGAGCAUUGCGGAAAAACACGGUAAGACUCCGGCCCAAGUGUUGUUGCGGUUUAUUGUUCAGAAGGGCAUCGUGGUCAUACCAAAAAGUACGAAUCCACAGCGGUUGGCGUUAAACAUAGAGAUUUUCGAUUUUGAAUUGGACGAGCAAGACAUGGAGGCCAUGAUUGGUCAAGAUGCGGGAGAGGGAGGUCGCAUCAUAUGGCUUUUAUUCUUCACUGGAAUCGCAGACCAUCCAGAAUAUCCUUUCGAAAAGAGUGUUUGAGCUCAAAAUAAAUUCUACGACAAAUGCGACAGCCCACUAUUACACGCGAAUGAACCAAAUUCAAACUAUAUAAAACGGCAUUUGAUGAUACCCGAUUAUUUAAAUAUUUAUUAUAAGCCUAUUACCAUUACAGUACUAGGGUUCAUGUCAAUCGAUUCGUAUUUGUAGUAUUUGUACCGAACACUGAAAGGAUUCCGUCGUCUUGGCGUGUUAUAAAAUAGCCCUAUACAUACAGAGUGUAUCAAAAGUCUUCAUCCGAUUACAAAUGUAUAUAGUUCGGCUAACGUUAGCCACUAGUAAACGACCCAUAUACUAAUGAAAAGUUAGAUAACCAAUUUUAUUUUAAGUUAUCUUUCGAUUAGCAUAUAGGUAAUUUACCUACGGCUAACGAUUGCCGAACUAUAUAAAUUUGUAAUCGGAUGAAGACUUUUGAAACACUUUGUAUAUGCACGUUAAAAAUACAAUCGUACUAUUAUACAAAUUAUUAUAAGAAAUAUGUCGUUUGAAUUAACACUUACCAAUAUUAAGUUAAAUCAGUGAAAAUAGUAAUAAGUUAAGAAUUAUUAAAACAACACGCUCUUGCAUUCAAUAUAAAA